AUGGCUCCGGCUGUUGUCGAUUCAGCAAACGGUUCCUACCUCCACCGAUCACACCCAUCCGAUGACCGCCCAGACACAGCACCAGUAGGAACGACAUCGACAACAACCACACGGCAAAGAGGCCCUAGCGUGCAGGGCCGAGCUGCAUUCGACCUGCCGUCCUUCAACACAAUCCCCGAAUUCAACACGACACUCUAUCUCGAUGGCAAGGGGUCCGAGGAAGCUGCUGCAAAGGAGAAGCUACCACCGGUACUGGCUGUUACGCCAGCACAAUCUGACCAGGUGAAGCUGGCCGGACCUUCCAGACACGAUGAUAAGGAAAACACGAGAGAAGGGAAGCAGAAGGAAAAGGACGACGAGAAGCUGCAGAAAAGAGGCAGGCGGGCGUCGUUGAUGGAGCGGCGGAAGUCAUGGCUGCCAUCGUCGAGGUCGCCGUCAAAGGUCAAAGAGCCGCCGCUGCCCGAGAGACCCGUUAUGUCCGAGCGGCCUAGCACUCACGCCGGAGAACACGUGGGCGCUGCUGUGCCAUCUGCCGCCCCGGUACCACCGGCGCGACCGGUCGAACGAGAACGCCCCAGGACGGUGUCGGAGACUUUCGCUACCUUUGCGAAGAAAUCAUGGAUGUCCACCUCUCGCUCCCCGUCUCCGAAGAGAAACCUAGAACCGCCCGCUGCACCUCCCCCUCGUCCUUCUCGUAGUAGGGCCUCGAGCAGCGAUUCCGUCAAGGGUGCCGAAGCGCCGCGUAGGAGGCCCCUCUCUAUGCUUAUCUACCAAGAAUCCGCCGCUGCGAAGAGCGCCGAGUCAUUAAAACCGGCACGUGCUCACAACCGGACGAGUAUGUUCUUGACCAAGAUCAAGCAGCGACCGAAAAGCAUGCUCAUCACCUUUGGAUCGAGCCUCGAUUCGGAUGCCAGCAGUGUCCCCGCGUCCACAAACGUCUUGCCGCCGCCCAGCGCCGCUCCGGAACAUGGUCAGCGCGGUAGUAAAGACGCAGACAGCACCGUUCCUACCAAUAAGAAGUCCGAGUCGAAACCGGCAUCUGUUACCGAAUCUCACACCACGGCAACAGACGAGUCGUGGAGCGAAAUGUCGGUCAAUAAGGAUACAAUCUGGUCCGCCUUCAAGACGCUCGAUACCGAGCACGGAGGCUUCCCUUCAAAAACCAUGGCCCAACGAAUGCACCUGGUACGCGUAACCUUGCUGCCAUUCUUGCGGACCUAUAUGAACCACCCCACCAACAAGGGACUCAACCUCGAGGACGUCGAGCGGAGGGCGAUUGUGCUGAAUAAGUGGUGGACUGGUCUACUGGAGAUGCUUGACCCGCAAACUCAACAACUGGCGGGGAUUGACCGACCGGUUUUGCUUGAAGCCUUAACGAUACUGAUGAUGCGACCCGAAUGGCGACAGACAACGACAUAUUUCAUGUCUUUGGCGGACCGCUCACCGAACGAAUGUGUUCGGCCUCGAUCGGGAACCCAGUCAACAACAGACUCCUCGCAAGCAUCCAGCCAGGCCUUCCUUGCUGAAUCGGCCGAGCACAACGUCCGCACCAUGUUUGUGGGUAACCUUAUGAAGCAGAUGCAGAUUGUGGUGGACAAGAUGUCACUCCGGCAUGCGCCUUUGAGCUUGGUCAAUUGGUGCGGUAAGGCCUGCGCCUACGGCUUCUUCUUUUGCCCGUCCGUUGCUGAGAUCCUUGUGCGUUUGUGGGAUCUGCGGCCGGAACUCAUCAGGCGGACAGCCGAGGAGUUCGGCCUGCCCAAGAAGAACGGCGGUGAAAGCGAGGAUAUCAUGGCGCUUUUCCCACCCAAUAUUGGGGUGCUUGGCUGGCAAUCGCAGAAGUUCAUAAGCGCCCGCUUCAAGGAGAGGGUCAAGCUUUCGGUCAUGGCGGCGAGAAUCCCUUGGUUCAGUCCUUGGGUAACUAGGUGGCGCGGCGGUGAUACUGACCUGUUCUUUAUUUUUUGCAAGUAUUAUCACAUUCUGUCCGAGGAGUUCAUGCCAGAGGGGCUGCCGCUUCUGGAAAAGGCGCGUUCACCGGGCUUCGUGCUGGUUCAAGCGCAGAUCCUCGCCUGUAUCGAGUCUACCAUCCACCGACAAGCCGAGGUGGACGCGAUGAUGAACCCGCUACCGCCUGCCGACUCAUUUUACGGUGCCGACGCUGCCGCGACCUCGAUGACAGUUCCGGCAAACCUGCUGAAGAACAUGGCUGAGAAUCGGCUCAUCGUACUGCUGAAGGAUAUUCUCGGCGAAUCACUACCCGUCAUUGCUCCCGCAAGACGAACUUUUGCGGAAGCUUUCCUGGCCGUAACCCGCGCCGCAACCCGCCGGGUGUCUGCUUUCGACCACAGCGCUGUUUUCACGCUGUGCGAUUUCUUGGAGGAGGCGCUGGUGGCCUACGAUCAAUUGGACGAUCUCGAAAACCCGAAUAUCGCCAAGGGCAUGAAUUGGCCCUUCUGGCUCGACGUGUGUAGAAAAAUGCUCGUCUCCGAUAACGCCAUGACGGAAGUCCGACUCCUCUCCUUCAUCUUCUCGACUUGGGAAGCAGUCACUGCGAACCCGGAGAGGAAGAAGGCCUUGUGCUUGGAUUGGUUGCUUUCUGAAGAGACAUUUGACGCCUACUUCAAUCACUGGUGUCCAAUGGUGCGUGCCUACUACAUGCGCCUGCUCUGCUGGCGGAUUUGCCGAGAUGCUGGCAGCGCAAAUGAGAUUGAUGCUCAAAUCUUCCUCGUCGCUGCGGCCCGGCUCAAGACAGGUUGGGCUCACUAUCUUUACCUCCGCAACGCUGCAAAUGCCGCUGGGAAGCUCCCUCCCUCCACCUCACCUUGUCUCCCUACCCCGGGUAAGAAGUUCAUGAUUAUUCGCACGGAAAUCAACCUUCCUCAGCCUGGUUACUUCAAUCAGCCCUUCGACUCGUUCUCUAAGAUCGUCAACGGCGAAGGGGUCAUGGCGGCCUCGACGCCGCCGCCCGAGACGAAGGAGGUUGUUACUGCCAAGGCAGACAACAGCAAGAAGCGCUGGUCUCUGAUCGGAAAGGUUCUGUCUUUGGGAGGCAACAGCUCAGACAGUGAGGACAACAGCGAGGCAUCACGCAAGGAAGCGCCGCUCAAGUCAUCCGCACUCUCGAAGCGUCGUCAAGGAGGCCCUCCUCUACCGCCCAAGAUCUCUACUUCCACCGCCUCCGCUGCUACCGCAUCUUCUGAUGGCAGUUCUCCCGGCGCGUCGCCUAUAUUCAUGGAGCAGAAGUUCGUCUUCAAGUUCACACUGACCUGGCAGCCCCAUGCCGUCACCCAGCCGCGUGACCGCCUCCUCACCCGCCCGCGUCUUCCCGCACCGGCGCAAGCUUGGGUCAGUGCUCGGUCCCGAAGCGGCAGUUCGCCACCUCCACUGCCCGCUGGCCUCCCGGACCCCACACGGCGUGUCUCUGGUUCCAAAAAGAAGGGUCUCGUUGAUGGCGCCAGGAACGCCAGCCCGCUUACCUCCCCCACGCUCGAACGCAAGUCAUCCGUCACCGCUGUGUCCUCGUCCUCGCUUGCGCGCAGGCUCAGCAACAAGUUCGACUUCGAGAACAACCCUAACGUGGAGCUGAUGACCUUCGACUUCGAAGGGGCGGAGAAGUCCUCAGCAUCGUCGAUGUCGUCCGCCUCAUCAACAGCUUCAUCGCCUGCCGAGAAGAAGGCCGAGGAAGAACAGCUGCAGCCGCAAUCAUCAUCUCCUCAGGUCCAGCUUCAAUCCCAGCCUGAGACCCUAGAGCAGCAACAGCAACAACAGAGACCUGAAGGUCGCCGAAACGGGCCUGAGCCCUUGACGCAACCACUUCGUCCGACAGGCAUGUACGCCAAGCGUGCCGUUUACACCGGCCGCGCCCUUGCAGAGUGGAGUCUGAUCGUUGCAGAGUGCAACGGCUUCGUCGACCGAAGACGGGACGAAGGCGUCCUUGGCCUCAGCGAGGUGGAGGUGCCGAUGUUGACGGUCGAAGGCUUCCGGAAGAUCGGCUAG